GCCGAGCGGGAACACCCCAGUGCGAGGGGAGAGGGAGCCGAGCCGGCGCCGCCCCGCGCUGUGUGAGGACUCGGAGCGGGAGCCCGCAGAGCGCCCCCCCCCCCCCCCCGUGGUGACAGUUUCUAGAAGCCUGUCCCGGCGUCCUUUGCGGUCUCAACAUGGAGGAGCUGACAGUGGAAGUGCGCGGCUCCAACGGGGCCUUCUACAAGGGAUUUAUCAAAGAUGUCCAUGAGGAUUCACUCACAGUUGUAUUUGAAAACAAUUGGCAACCAGAGCGCCAGGUUCCUUUUAAUGAAGUCAGAUUACCACCUCCACCUGAUAUCAAGAAAGAAAUAGGAGAAGGCGAUGAAGUGGAGGUUUACUCAAGAGCAAAUGACCAAGAACCUUGUGGCUGGUGGCUGGCAAAAGUUCGAAUGAUGAAAGGAGAGUUUUAUGUCAUUGAAUAUGCUGCUUGUGAUGCCACGUACAAUGAAAUAGUCACAUUUGAACGACUUCGACCUGUGAAUCAAAAUAAAACUGUCAAAAAGAACACGUUCUUUAAGUGCACAGUGGAUGUUCCUGAGGAUCUCAGAGAUGCGUGCGCUAAUGAAAAUGCACAUAAGGAUUUUAAGAAAGCUGUAGGAGCUUGUCGAAUUUUCUACCAUGCUGAAACUACGCAGUUAAUAAUACUGUCUGCCAGUGAAUCAACAGUAAAGAGAGUAAAUAUAUUGAGUGACAUGCAUUUGCGCAGCAUUCGUACCAAGCUAAUGCUCAUGUCAAGAAAUGAAGAAGCUACAAAACACUUAGAAUGCACAAAACAACUUGCAGCAGCAUUUCAUGAGGAAUUUGUUGUAAGAGAAGAUUUAAUGGGACUUGCAAUAGGUACACAUGGUAGUAACAUACAGCAAGCGAGGAAAGUUCCAGGAGUAACUGCAAUUGAGCUUGAGGAAGAUACUGGUACUUUCAGGAUCUAUGGAGAGAGUGCUGAUGCAGUAAAAAAGGCUAGAAGUUACUUGGAAUUUGUGGAAGAUUUUAUUCAGGUGCCCAGAAAUCUUGUUGGAAAAGUUAUUGGAAAAAAUGGAAAAGUGAUUCAGGAGAUUGUAGACAAGUCUGGAGUCGUCCGAGUCAGGAUUGAAGGGGACAAUGAAAACAAACUGCCCAGAGAAGAUGGAAUGGUCCCAUUCGUAUUUGUUGGCACUAAAGAAAACAUUGGAAAUGUCCAAGUUCUUUUAGAAUACCAUAUUGCCUACCUGAAGGAAGUAGAACAGCUGAGGAUGGAGAGGCUCCAGAUUGAUGAACAACUGCGUCAGAUUGGUAUGGGUUUCAGACCUUCUUCCACCAGAGGUCCUGAAAAGGAAAAGGGCUACACUACUGAUGAGAGUACUCUCUCCUCAGUACAAGGGUCCAGAUCAUAUAGUGGAAGAGGGAGAGGUCGCAGAGGCCCCAAUUAUACAUCUGGUUAUGGUACAAACUCUGAGCUGUCAAAUCCCUCUGAAACUGAAUCCGAGAGAAAAGAUGAACUGAGCGAUUGGUCACUGGCAGGAGAAGAUGACCGGGAGAGCCGACAUCAGCGGGACAGCAGAAGACGUCCUGGAGGAAGAGGGCGUAGUGUUUCUGGGGGUCGUGGACGUGGUGGACCACGUGGUGGGAAGUCAUCCAUUAGCUCUGUGCUUAAAGAUCCGGACAGCAACCCUUACAGCUUACUUGAUAACACAGAGUCAGACCAGACUGUGGACACUGAUGCCAGUGAAUCUCAUCACAGUACUAACCGUCGUAGGCGGUCACGCAGGCGAAGGACUGAUGAAGAUGCUGUUCUGAUGGAUGGAAUGACAGAAUCUGACACUGCUUCUGUUAAUGAGAAUGGCUUAGAUGAUAGUGACAAAAAACCCCAGCGACGCAAUCGUAGCCGCAGGCGUCGCUUCAGGGGUCAGGCAGAAGAUAGACAGCCAGUCACAGUAGCUGAUUACAUAUCACGAGCCGAAUCUCAGAGUAGACAAAGAAACCUCCCAAGGGAAACGCUGGCCAAAAACAAGAACGAAAUGGCAAAAGAUGUGAUUGAAGAACAUGGCCCUUCAGAAAAAGCAAUAAAUGGCCCUGCUAAUGCUUCUGGGGAUGAACCUUCUAAGCCACAGCAUAGUCCUGAAGAAGAGAAGUCAAGUGCUAUACAAGAAGAAGAAAAUAAUCAGGAAGAAGCAGUGCUGAAUGGUGUUUCAUAAACUGAAGUUCCUAGUUUACAGUUCUUUUACAUUACAUUUUACAAUAGUGCUUGUAUAAGCUUGCCAAAGAUAGAAUAUGGAUCGCCAGUCUUGACACCGCACUUUCAGUUCCUCCAUUUUGGAAUUCAGAAAGGGGAGGGAUCCUGAAGAAAUCAUAUGUUAAACAUACUUUGACACCUACUGUGUUAUAAAUAUAUCAUCAGAUGUGCCUUGAGAUAGUAUAUGUAACAUUUAAAUAAACAAAAACUUGCUGGCUAUAGGAAAUGUUAUUUUGUUUUCAAAAUAUGGCAAAGAUGUGGGGGGAAUCCCUAAUGUAAUAUUCUUUAUGAAAGCAUUAGCUGCUUUUGUUACAUUUUUAAUAAUAUGCAACCACUUCUUCACCUGAGGAAAACUAGAAAGAAAUGCAGUCUAAAAUAUUUUGCACUGAAUUGUAAUUUCUCCAUUAGUUUAGUCUGGAAACUGGUCUGUUUUAAUACAUGUUUUUUAAAUGCUGUAUGUAGAGGAAAAAAAACUGCAGACCACUGGAAUACAUUUAUUAAAUUCUCAUAAUCUGCAGGGAUAUUGGGUGACAUUGGCAGUGACUGUUCUACUUUGAGGCUUUGUUUGGUUUAUUUAUUAAACUGUACAGUAUUUAAAAAUCAAACAUAGCUUUAGUUAAAACACUAAGCUGAAUUAGUCAUGUCCAUUAAGACAUAACCUGAACUACUGAAAAGAUCAAUUUCCAGAAAGUUUAUUCUGUAUAAACUACAUAUGUUAGUCCUUAGUAGAGUAUUUUUAUUUUGGUUGUUUGAUGUGCAAUAUGUUUUUGUAUGCUGGUAGAAAAAAAAUAAACUUUGAUCUUCCAUUGGUUA